AUGGACUACAAGCGGGCUAUAUCGCUGGAAAUGUCAACUACUAUUCCGCGGGCAAAGCGUCCCGAGACUCCACCCCGUCCAUUCCUAUCCAUCCCGUUCCUUCGCGAUCCAGAUUUUGUCGACCGUGGGACGAUCCUGGAUCAGCUCCACAGCCGAUGUGCUGCACCAGGGUCCCGGACCGCGCUGGUGGGUUUGGGUGGUGUCGGGAAGUCACAGCUUGCGAUUCAAUAUGCAUAUGAAGCCCACGAGCGAUCGUCUGAAACAUGGAUUUUCUGGAUUCAUGCCAGUAACGCCGCCCGGUUUGAACAGAGCUAUCGGGAGAUUGCAGACACGGCCAAGCUGUUUGGGCGACGGGAUCCCAAGGCCAACAUCUUCAAACUUGUGCACGACUGGCUGCGAGAUAGCAAGAAUGGAAAGUGGAUUCUCGUACUAGACAAUGUUGAUGAUGCUCAUUUCCUCCUCGACCGCCCUGAUAGUACUCAGGCUCAGGCCAGUCAUGAAAACGGCGGAGCGGAUCGCCCGCUGCGAGAGUAUCUUCCACAAAGCCCGAAUGGGUCUAUUCUGAUAACAUCACGAAGCAGGGAGGCAACAUUAAAGCUGGUGGACCAGCGCGAUGUCAUUGUAGUCGAGCCAAUGGACGAGGCGCACGCACGAGUACUAUUUGACAAGAAGCUGGGAAAGCAGGAUGAGAAGCAGGAUAAGGACCAGGAUAUUCCUGAACUUGCAGCAGCGUUGGAGUUUAUCCCGCUUGCUAUGGUCCAAGCCGCAGCAUAUAUUUCUGACCCAGAUCGCGGUUGUUCGGUACGACAGUACCUCAAUGAAUUUCAGAAAAACGAUCGCAAGAAGAUCCGUUUAUUGGACCACAAAGACGGCCAGUUUCGUCGAGACUGGGAAGCCAAGAAUUCGGUCCUCAUGACAUGGCAGAUCUCAUUUGACAGCAUACGCCAAAACCGACAAUCAGCAGCCGACUUACUAUCGCUCAUGAGUUUCUUCGACCGUCAAGGGAUUCCCAAGUCCCUUCUUCGAGAUCAUGGUAGACAGAGGAAUACAGAGCUAAAUGAGAGCGAUGAUGCAGACGAUAGUCAAUCUGAAUCUAGCAUAGUGGAUGAGUUCCAAGAUGAUAUCCUCAUACUGCGAAGAUACUCCUUGAUCUCAAUCAAUGUGGACCGAACGACCUUCAACAUGCACAGCCUAGUGCAGCUAGCAACACGGAGAUGGCUAGAAGUGAAUGGCGAGCUGGAGAAAUGGAAGGGACAGUAUGUCCAGAACCUAAAUGCGCAAUUUCCCAUGGGAGAGUAUGAGAAUUGGGCACAGUGUCAGGUUCUUUUCCCGCAUGUAAAGUCAGCGGCCCUCCAGCGGCCACAGAAACGAGACUCAUUACUAGAGUGGGCUACAGUGUUGUAUAAGGCCGCGUGGUAUGACUGGCUAAAAGGCAAUGGGGCUAAGGGUGAGCAGCUGUCAGUUAAGUCGAUGAAAGCUCGGAAGAAACUCCUAGGUCUAGAACAUGAAGAAACGCUGGCUAGUAUGCAAAUGGUGGGAUCAAUAUACUUGAUUAAGGGUCGAUGGAAUGAGGCGGAAGAGCUGUUUGUGCAGCAUGAACAACCUGGCGUUAACAUACAGGGAUCAAGGACGGUGGAAAGAGGCGGAAAAGCUGAACGUGCAGGUGAUGGAGAUAAGAGAGUGCUAGGUGCAGAGCAUCCUGACACACUGACCAGCAUGGCCAACCUAGCGUCGACGUACAGGAAUCAAGGUCGAUGGAAAGAGGCGGAAGAGCUGUUAGUGCAGGUGAUGGAGACGAUGACGAGGGUGCUGGGUGUGGAGCAUCCCUACACGCUGUCCAGCAUGGCCAACCUCGCCUCCACUUUGAAAGAGCAAGGCCGCCGCGCGGAAGCCAUUGACUUACUGCGGAAUUGUGAACGGCUACGGAUGAAGAUUCUAGGCGUUGGCCAUCCUGAUACUCUAUCAAUCGCUGCGGCAUUGAUCAGUUGGCAGACUGAGAAAUUGGAGAUAGAUGUGUCAGCAGCCAAUGGUACUCACGGAUCGUGCACGCUUCGAGCUGUUUGAGCCUGUAUCUCUCUAGAACCGACUAAUGAAAGCCUAAGCCUGAGCC